AUUAGCCUUUCUUACUAGAAGACGAGAUCAACAUCAAGUGGUUACCGUUAAAGACAGAGCUUCAGUACGACGCCGUGUCAUCUAUCUUGCACGGCGUGAAGAAAUACAAGAGGGUGUGUUGUACGUACGCGAGGAGACCAGGAGAUUAUAGAACCCAAACGUACAAACUCCUACCGUUCGAGGACAAAUCCUGGAAAUAAGAACACACUCUGGUAGAUCACCCGCACGUGCGACUGUAGUACGACGGAAAGACAAGAUCAAGAUUCUUCGGUCAUCACAUAAUGGACAGCCUGCAUUGCUCUGCUUCUCAACUGCCCCGGGUCGAAACGAGGAUGGUACUGGAGUUGCAUCGUCUUCUAAGUGGAUUGACACGAAACAAAGUUGAAUUGUUUUUUGUACCCAGAAAAAAUCUAGCAUGAGAAGUUUUGUUUUAUUGCAUACGCGCAUGAGGAGUAUUUCCCUGUAGCGCUGCCGCUGGCGCUUCCUUCGGUUUACCGGCGAUACGCCAAUACACAACAUCACAGGCCUCGCCGUUGUUGGAGGAAGCGGGUACUAUGGAGGGCGAGAAACCAGGCACGCGCCAUUGCUCUGCUUCUCAACUGCCGGGAACCAUGGUACUGGAUUUGCAUUGUCUUCUAGAUUGAGACAAACAAAGCGGACUUUUUUUGUAUCCAGAACAAAACUAGCAUGAGAAGUCUUGUUUUAUUGCAUGUGUGCAUGAGAAACAAAUAUUUGGCCCGUCGUUCGGUUUACCGAUACGCUGGCUCAUACAAAACAUCACAGGCCUCGCCGUUGUUGGAGGAAACGGUUACUAUGGAGUGUGAGAACAGGCCUGUUGUUUUCAAGACGAACUAUUUGUAUCCCAUCAUCCCCCGUGGUAAGAACUCCCGCAUGUCGUUGCCGCGGCGUGGCAGCACCGUGGUCACAGCACUGGCCGUUGUCCACAUGAUCGACGGCUCCGGUCGCGAGCAAUUCGUCAGUGUAUCAAAUGCAAAUGUGUCUGGGUCUCGGAAAAUGCGAGAUUUGGCAUGCUAGUCUGUCAUGGCGCUAAACUCUGUAUUGCGUGGCCGCGAAGAGCUCCUCCUCCCUGUCAUGCAAAAACGCAGUUUCUCAUGCGGGGCCCACAACUCAGGACCACGAAAAAACUUGUCAUGCUUGGCAGCGCAUUACAGUGAGGUCACCACUUUUCCCUUUCUUGCAUCACAAGUUUCGGACCCAGACAUAUUUGCAAUGCAUACAGUGCUGAGGUUGUGGAUUUCGAUGGCAGUUUCAGUGACGAAGCAGGGGCCGGCAGCCAGGAGGAGGGAAGUAACCCGGGAGAACUCCAAUCUACCAACUCCCUCCUAGACGUGCAAACGGUGUCCAGCAUGACAACCUCCUUCGACAAGGAUGACCUCUACCGGUAUCUGCUGGAAUCCAAAGCCGUGAAGAUCACGGAAAGUCGUAUCCUGUGCAAAAGUAUCGUACUCGUACUCAUUGCAAAUAUAAUGCAUGGCAAAUCUCCUUCCUAAGGUAAAAACAGCAAUACAAAUCUCACAACUUUUCUUCUUGCCAAAAUUUGUGAUGCGAUUUAUAAACUAGGACGAUACUUUUGCAAUGCAUAAGUCGGCUGAAGGCCCAAAGCGGCGCAAUUAGUGGCGGCGAAGUGGAACUGAAGAAGUGGGAGAAUUUACAGGUACGAAGACUUUUUUGUUUUGCUCCUGGGCACGUGAUGUUACAGCGAAGAAACGAGGAUGGAUUUACCUGAUCUUGUUGCGCUCAAAAAUAUGCUUGCAGCGUAUGAUUAUGUUCAUGUUGACAAAAUCUAAAAGAAAAAAAUGAUUCAACUUCAUUCUCACAGCAAAACGUCCAGACCAUCCUGAUUACCCCGUCGCUGCAGAUGAUCCCCUUUCCGAUGUUGGUGAAUUUUCUAAACGAGUUUUCCACCGUGGACCAGAAUUCCUCCAACACUAUCGAUGUCGCGGAGCUGGCGAAGGUUCUGCAAUCCCAGAGCGAAAUCGAAGCGCAGAGAAUUAUCGUUGGCAUCCAGUCUCUGUUCCUCCCCGGUGGACCGCUGGCGCAAGUUUUUUCCGGGGUACCGGGAAACUCGAAAAGCGGCCAGCAUCUGAUCAACCCAUCGGACCAGAAGUUGUCGCCGGUCUAUGGGGUGAAAAAAUGAAAAUUGCCUGUUGUGUCCUCAAUUUGAGUUUCAUCUUUCUGUUGCAACAGAAACAGUAGUCCACUCUUUAUUUUUGCUCCUGCCUUAGGAAAAAUAAAACGGUCCACCUGCUGGAUUGACGUGGUCUGCAUCUCAAUCUCUAUCAGCAUCAAAAAAUCCUUACGGUUCAGCAUGGAUUUCUCAAAUUGAGGAGUACUACAGCAGGCCACUUCAUUUUGGUUGCAUUCCCUCGAGUUCUGCAGUGCUUGCGAGUUUUUGAGAAUGCUGACGGAUAAUUUCCGCAACGACUUAUCAAAUGUAAAAAUGUCUGGGUCUGGAAGAUUGGAACUUGUGAUGCUGAAUUUGGAUUCCGAAAAAAUCUGUAUUGCAUGAGCAGCAAAGGGAAUGCAAUUUUUGCUACGCGGAGAGGGCAUUUGUCAUGCCGCGGAAUAGGCAUCGCGAAGCCCUCAAAAAAUCUGUGAUGCUAGGGCAUGCAUCACAGACAUCAUGGCCAAUGCAAAACAUGCAUGACAAGUCUCAGAACCUUCCAGACCCAGACAUUUUUACAUUUGAUACGACUUUUAUCAAAGCGAAACACUGACGAGGCAAGCAGAAUGAUUCACGAGCCAGGCUGCAGCAGCAAAGACUCUGGCAUGAAGAUAAAGAUCACCAGCAUUACAUUCUUUCACACCUACGGGUAGUACAAGUCUGGCAAGAGAAUAACGACCUUUUGUCGUCUUUUUGUACUUUUGAGUCCUUUUACUCAACAUGCGAUGUCGUGUAAAUGAAUCGGCUUAAUCCGGCAGCGUUUGGCUACAUCCAUAGUGCGCAGGGCACACAGUCUGGUGCGGAGUCGUCGUUCGUGGAGAUGGGGCUGGAGCCUGGUUCUGCGGCUAUGCUGGCACUCGGAAAAGGCUUGGCACAUGCGUGCACACCGGGGCAGUCGGGCACCGGUCGAGGGCUCUUGCCACCGGCAAUUAUUGCCGCGGACGAGAUAAGGCAGUGGAGGGAACGCCGCCAGGAAGCCGGGGCUUCAUCCGCGGGCGGGUCAUCAUCCUCGGGGUCUCCAUCGUCCACCCCCGAAUCGUCCCCAACUGCGAAGAGUGGCGCGAGCGAGGUCAGUCUGCCUCAGGCUUAGCCGUAGGAUUGUAUAGAAAUAAAACUGAAGAUGAAUCGCCUCGACUCUCAUGCGUGCGACUCAUUUGCGGUGGCUUUGCGAUAUUAUAUAUAACCAGGUGUUUCAAUACUAGCUUCCUGGAGUUCAUCACAUCAUUUUGUUGUUGCAGCUUGUGUCAAAAAUCAAGUCAUGGAUGCCUUUAGUCCUGGACGAAAGUCGCGAGCGGUGGUGGUGGACAAAAUAAAUUGUUGCUCCAUGUAGUUGAUGAUCACAGUGACCUGCAAAACUUCGCUCCUCCUAGUACUGCGUUUUCUACCAGCAGUGAGCUUCACCGUCAUUGCGCGCCAAUCCCAAUCUUGAAGUUGUUUUAUAUGAUCUCCCCAUUGUUGUGAUCUUGCUAGGGAAAUUUUAUUCCAUGAUCGAGUAGAUCGCCCAGUGCUACAACUUGAUUGAAAAACACCGGGACCGACGCUUGUUCCCAUGCGUCAGCAUCUGCGUCCUGGUGAGAUCAAGAAAGAUGCAAUGCUGAUGGUAAUUUUAUAUUAAAAGUAGUCCUCCUAUUUCCUCUCUUUUUGAGACGUCUAAAAACGCCGCCUCGUCCCUUCAAAAAAAAUAUAUCCGAAAAAUAAAAAAUGCCUUUCGAUUCGUUCUCGUAUCCUCGUCGUCCGAGGUUGGUGUUACGCUCCUUCAUCUUUACGCUGCGACUUCCGAACUACUACAACCCUUUUCGCAUCCGCUCUCAAAAUGGAAUUAUGUCCAUGCCUAGAUGAGUGAUCUCAUAUGUUGAGCGCUAACUUUUAACUGCGUCUCGUCUUCAAUCCACUUUCCGGAAACCGCACCGGCUGAACGAGCCAGAAAUUCCAACGAAACGCGUUUACUUUUUUGGCGAUGGACCUGAAUCCGCCCUUGAACUUCUACAGUGCUCGAGCCAAUAAACAGUAUUGAAAGAUCGCAGAAAACCACGUCAGCUGAACAUACUAGCUGACAACAACGACCCAGCAGGAGAUUGGUUGUUCUUGCCGCCGCAUGCGCAUGCUUACAAUGUCGGCAAAGUAGGACACUGUGCCAAAUAUGUAUUUCGUGUUCCCUCGUCUCUUGUUGGACGGAGAUGUCCUGCUCCUCCUCCUCCUCUUGAAGUUGCUUGCGUUUUUUUGAUGUGCAUGUAGGACGGGUUAGCGGAUGUCUCCAAUUACUUUUCCGUGUGGUAGAAUUACUCUGCAAUAUGGUAAGAGAGAAAGAAAACGAAUAUUAGCUACCUUGCUUAGAAGAGAUCAAUAUCAAGUGGUUACCGUAAAAGACAGAGCUUCAGUGUGCGGACGCCGUGUCAAUGUCAUCUAUCUUGCACGACGUGAACAACAGAAGUACGAGAGAAGGUGUUGUAUGUACGCGAGAUAACCAGGAGUAGAGAACUCAAACGCACAAACUCCCACGGUCCGAGGACAAAGACAAACCUUGGAAAUAAGAACACACUCUGGUAGAUCACCCGCACGUGCGACUGUAAAACGACGGAAAGACAAGAUUUUUCGGUCAUCAAGCAAAAUGGAGAGCGAGAAACCAGGCCUGCAUUGCUCUACUUCUCAACUCCCGGGAACCGAAACGGUGGUACUGGAGUUGCAUCGCAUACUUACUAGAUUGACACAAACAAAGUUGAAUUGUUUUUUGUACCCAGAAAACAUCCGUUUUGUUUUAUUGCAUACGCGCAUGAGGAGUAUUUCCCUGUGGCGCUGCCGCUGGCGCUUCCUUUGGUUUACCCACCGAUACGCCCAUACACAACAUCACAGGCCUCGCCCUUGUUGGAGGAAACGGGUUCUAUGGAGGGCGAGAACACCAGGCCCGUUGUUUUCAAGACAAACUAUUUGUAUCCCAUCCCCCGGCGUGGUAAGAACUCCCGCACGUCGUUGUCACGGCGUGGCAGCAACGUUGUCACAGCACUGGCCGUUGUCCGCAUGAUCGACGGUUCCGGUCGCGAGCAAUUCGUCAGUGUAUCAAAUGCAAGUGUGUCUGGGUCUCGGAAAAUGCGAGAUUUGGCAUGCUAGUCUGUCAUGGCGCUAAACUCUGUAUUGCGUGGCCGCGAAGAGCUCCUCCUCCCUGUCAUGCAAAAACGCAGUUUCUCAUGCGGGGCCCACAACUCAGGACCACGAAAAAACUUGUCAUGCUUGGCAGCGCAUUACAGUGAGGUCACCACUUUUCCCUUUCUUGCAUCACAAGUUUCGGACCCAGACAUAUUUGCAUUUGAUACAGUGCUGAGGUUGUCGAUUUCGAUGGCAGUUUCAGCGACGAAGCAGGGGCCGGCAGCCAGGAGGAGGGAAGUAACCCGGGAGAACUCCAAUCUACCAAUUCCCUCCUAGACGUGGAAACGGUCUCCAGCAUGACAACCUCCUUCGACAAGGACGACCUCUACCGGUACUAUGCGUUGCAAAUAUGUAAUCUGGUGUUAAUAGAAGAAAAUUGGAAUUUGUAUAUGCCGGUCUUGCAUUUCUGUGAAGUCUGUAUUGCAUGAACACCAAAAGUCGCUGCCUCUCUUGUUUUACAAAAUCGCAGCCUCUGUCUCAUGCGGACGCGUAUGAGAAAGCAUUCUACUGCAAAGCUGUAACUUGUCAUUUUUUUCUGCAUUCGAAAGUGUUUGAAAAAUCGUCCACGAUGAAUAGGUACCUGCUGGAAUCCAAAGCGGUGAAGAUCACGGAAAGUCGUACCCUGUGCAAAAGUAUCGCACUCGUACUAAUUGCAAAUAUGCAUGACAAAUCUCCUUCCUAAGCUAAAAACAGCAUUACAAAUUCCACUUUUCUUCUUGCCAAAAUUUGUGAUGCAAUUUAUACUAGGACGAUACUUUUGCAAUGCAUAAGUCGGCUGAAGGCGCAAAGUGGCGCAACUAGGGGAGGCGAAUUGGAACUGAAGAAGUGGGAGAAUUUACAGGUACGCGAUUAAACUUUUUUGUUUUGCUGAGCAUUUGAUGUUACAGCGAAGAAAAUGGAGAAUGGAUUUACCUGACCUUGUUGUGGUCAAAUAUAUGCACAGUAUGAUCUUCAUCAUCAUGUUAUACAAAAAAUUGUUUACACUUCACUCUCACAGCAAAACGUCCAGACCAUCCUGAUUACCCCGUCGCUGCAGAUGAUCCCCUUUCCGGUGUUGGUGAAUUUUCUGAACGAGUUUUCCACUGUGGACCAGAAUUCGUCCAACGCCAUCGAUAUCGCAGAGCUGGCGAAGGUUCUGCAAUCCCAGAGCGAAACCGAAGCGCAGAGAAUUAUUACGGGCUUCCAAUCGCUCUUCCUGCCCGGUGGACCGCUGGCGAGUGUAGCGCAAGUGUUUUCGGGUGGACAGGGAAACUCGAGGAGCGGCCAGCAUCUGAUCGACCCAUCGGACCAGAAGUUGUCGCCGGUCUAUGCCGUGUGAGAAAAGAUGGCUUGUUGUGGCUUCAGUUUGUAUGUUCAGCAGCAGUUACCGCAAGCUCUUUAUCUUUAUACCCAAAUAGUUACUGGCAGUAUCAACUUCAACUCCAUCCCCCGUCCUGUUGGUCGUCCGCAGACUCAGCCUCGAAAAAUCAGCUUUAACAGCAUGAAGCUCUUUUCAUGGCACAUAACAAACUGAGGGGCAAAAUAAGCCAUUUUCUCUCUGGAUUCGUGUGAGUUCUGCAUAUGCAUUGCAAAAGUGUUGCACUAGUAGUGAAAAAAUAAAUGGCACGGUAUAUUUUUUGCAAAAAAAAGCCCUUUAUCGUGCAAGAUGAAGGCAAUUCUGCAUCUUCAACUAAGUUGAAGAUGCAGCUAUUCGUGUAGUACCAGUGCGAUGCUUUUGCACUGGAUACCGUAGUGCGUGCGAGCAUUUCAGGAUGUUGAGGAGCAGCAACGAUUAUGCCAGUUGAAUGAGUCUGACCCAUAAAAAAGCGAAGCAGAGCUUUGUCUUGCAAUAAAUAUGGCGAAAACAGGCCGCACCGCAGCAGAGGCAACAUAAUCGUGAAAAUUGAAGACGCGAGCUCUCCCACCGGGCAUGUUUAGAAGCUGUAAAACCUUUCUCUAAAUUAAGUGUUGUUCUCGUUCCGUCGGAAAAUAAGUGCUGCGGCUCGGACUGUAGCUGUUGUUGUUCUUGGUACUUCUACAACUACAGGUACUGACCUUGCAUGCGAACAAAGAUUUGUUGAGUUGAGUCAGAGUUUGACUGGCAUAUUCGUCAAGAAGUGGCUGCGCACCCAUUCGCGGAUUCGUCGUUUGUCGAAAUGGAGCCUUUUCUGGCGACCACGGGGGCGGCAGCGGCUGCUCAUCAGCUGACCGGUGCCGGUGCCGCUCAUAGUGCCGGUGCCGGUGCCGCCCAAAGUGCCGGUGCCGGUGGCGCCCAUAGUGCGAGCGCAGUGGGAUCACAUAGACCGAGCCCGUUGGGGCUCGCUCCUGGCGGGUGUUUUACGACUUUGAAAGCAAAUGCUUUCCCAUUCAAAGACAGAAACUUUGUUGGUGUCCUUCUCUUUGCGGCGGUCCAACUUAUCAUGUAUGUCGAGCGUUCGCUUCAAGAACAGCGACAGGGAUGGAAAAGUUCUGGUCUUUGAAUGCCGUGAAAGCAACCUUUGCCGUCGUCAUAUUUGGGGCCGUGGCUGGAAGAUUUUUUCGCGCUCGUGAACCUGCAGACAGUGACAAUCCGAGACGGGUGGAGGAAGAGCCAACGGGUGUGUAAACGAAAAUGAAAAGUGUCUCUGAAGAAGGCGACUUUGGUUGUAGUCCAGAAUCUUUUAUAUACUGAAUUCCUUACCCAUGUUGAGGAUCACAGUGACUGGCAAAAAUUCGCUCGUUCUUCUGGUGCUGUGUUUUUUACUGGGGGGUUUGAUGAUCGUGCGCCAAUGCCAAUCCCAAUCUUGAAGCUAGCUAAAUGAUCACCUUACUGUUGUGUUCUUGGGAGAGUAAUUUUCCAUGUUGAUCGAGAUUGCCCAGCGCUUCUAUGAUUAGAGAACACCGAGACCGAUCCUUGUUCUCAUGCGUAAGCAUCUGCAUCUGCGUGGUCCUGGUGAGAUCCAGCAAAAAAUGCUGAUGAGAAUUUCAAAUGUAAGUAAGCCACUGCAGCAGUUUAACAAACUAUUAAGAGCGUCCUCUUGUUUCUCUUUUUUCGAGACGUCUAACGCAGCCUCCCUUUGAAAUAUAAUCAAAUAAAUUAUCAGAUGAAAAAUAAGAUAAUGAGAAUGACUUUUUUAU